CCCGCCAAGAACAGUAAACGAAUAAGAAAUAGAGUGUUUUAAAAGUAUUUCAAGUUGCAGUGCAAUCUGGUUAAAGCUGGGCAUAAACAUGAAGGGUCGGUCGCCGACGGGAAAGCGUCGUGGAUGUUUUCUUCUCAUCGUUCUCUUCGCAGUAAUAUUCUCAGCUUAUGUUGAGCAGGUAUUGAGUCUGCCUACUGAACCAGAAAAUCAAUGGCCCACUUUUCCACGAAGAAAUAUUGCUACUCUCGCAAAAAAUGGAUAUUUGAGGAAUUCCGGCGCUAAUAGCUACAAACGGAGCAUCUCAAUAUUGGCCAAGAACGGAAUGCUUCCAACGUAUCGAUCUCCUUAUGUGGGUACAGACAAACAGGAACACGAAGACGAAUCUCAAGAGAAAAGGAAUUUGGCUUCAAUUGCAAGACUUCGCAGUUAUUCGGCUAUGAAGAGAAACAUUCAAGCUCUGGCCAGGGAUGGCUACCGUAUGGGAAGGGGACAGUACAAUACUCAAAACAAUAAACGCAAUAUAGCAGCUCUCGCACGUAACGGACUUUUGCAUAAAAAAGACGAAAUUAAUGGCGACGAAUAUUACUUUCCAUUUUAUCAGAAUCCGAUUCCCCCUUUAUCGGAAAUCGAUGGGCCUUUUGAUAUCAACGAAAUGUAUGAUUUCCAGCAAACUAUUAAUCCUGAUAUGUUUCCGCCCCUUUCGCAAGUUGCCAAGCGUAGCGCUUUGGGUCCCGAAAACGACUACGCUGUUCUCAAAGACUUUGAAGACAACGCGUAUUUGAAGAAGGGCUCUGUAGGCUUGCCGGCUCAUGGUCUUUAUAGACCGUUGUACAGGGACCCAAACAUUCGCACCAAGCGAUACAUACUCUCUUUACCAGACUAUAUUGAGACAAAUAACAUCGAUGACAAAAACGAUAAUGAGAACGAAGACAAGCGUUCUGUCGGAAGCAUUCCACUGACGAGAAUUUCGGAAUUAGGGAAUAUUUCGCUGCUCCCGAAGUUGACUCAGCAGUCAAUUCAGACGACGCCGACGUACCGCCGCCGGCAGUACCUCCUCACUCGCACCCAACCGGCAGAAUCCUCCACCGACCGCUAAGCAAUGAUCUUCCAAACACCAACCCAUCUUUGCCCGCACCGCCGAUCUCUCCUCCGAACUUCAUUGAUGCUUUCACUAAAAACCGCUGGCAGCCAAUUACUAAGGAAUCUCCGAAAUUUUACUACUUCCGAUCGUUGAAAAUACCGUUACACUCCUCGGGAAAAAGAUACUUGUUACUUCCUGCUGUGG